GUACCGUAGUUCGUCUCCUUCAGUCAGUCGGUGUCUGCCGGGUAUUUGUGUCUCGUCUGCGUGGGUAUCUACAGUAACAGAUUCUGACAGUCUUGUUGUUGUAGUGGUGGUGGUGUGGUGUCUAGUGUUUCUGGAUUACUUAUCUCCUGUUCGUGCCAGGUGGGGGUAUGUGGCAGUGAGGGGAGAUGGAGUCUCCACCGCCAUUGCCGGCCAAGACCCGGCGCUCCUCCCAUGUUCCCGUGAUCGUCUCGGCGACCCGACACUCGCGGCCGCAGCAGCAGUCGCAGCAGCAGCACGUGGUCAAGAUCAGAGUAAACCCCGUCGAGCCGGUCCAGGUUCCGGUUCCGGCAGCCGUGCCGCAGUCGGGCGCUAACACCGUCCGCAUCAACAUCUCCUCGGACUACAUCCAGGGCGAAGAGAUGCGGGGAGGUUCUCCCUACUACUUCUACACCUCCGGGCAGUCCUCCCCCAGCGACACUCUGGACAGCGGGACCUGCAGCGACCUGGACGGGAGCACGCCCCCUCCGCUCCCCAAGAAGACAGCCGUCACGGUGACCGUGAACAGGGUUAACCACCAGCGAGGUGGCAGCCUGACCAGCAGCGGGGCGGAGGUGGAGAGCGACGACGAGAUCAGCUGCGACUCCCUCAACAGCAGCGAACUCGACGGCAGCACCGAAGGCAAGCAGGAGGAGGCCGCCAUCGAACCCGUCAUACAAGGGGACUCGAGGAUCUUUCAAACCACAGAACCCGUUGUCGAAGACAUAACCGAGAGAACCUCCGAAGUCUCCUUGACAGAAACAGGAGAAAAGCACAAAAUCUUGACGAAGAAAGUCAGCAAUGAAAGUAACACCUCCAGGAACUCCGUCGUGGAGGAAAGGACCUACGAGGACCGCAAGAAGAUCCCAGACGCGCCGAUUCUCGACCCGGACAGUUAUUACAAGUUCCACUUGAACGAGAACAGAUUCGAACCGGAAGUGCCGAGUGCGCGACAGGACGAUGAAGACCUCUUCGCCGGAUGUAAGGGAUACCAAGAGGGUGACCCGGCGGCCGCAACCAUCCGUAGCUCUAGAGGAACCAUCCGGGGAGUCAAGAACAGAGUCAGAGCUGGCAUUGCCACCUUCCUACAGAUGCACUCCACUAAGACGUGGCAGGAGAGGGAGGCCGGCAAGGUGGUGGUGUACACGACAACCAUGGGCAUAGUCCGGAGCACCUACCAGCGAUGCCUCAAAGUGCGGCAGAUACUGCGGACUCACCUGGUCAAGUUCGACGAGCGAGAUGUGUUCAUGAGCCGAGAGACCCAGGCAGAGAUCAAGGAGAGGAUGAACAGCGACCAGAUCCUCGUGCCGCAAGUGUUUAUCGAGGGCCAGUACAUCGGGGAUGCUGAAGUAAUCGAAAGGCUCAACGAGACCGGAGAACUGAGAAGGAUAUUAAAACCGUACAAGAGCCCAGACGCCUGUACAACCUGCCAGGUGUGUGGAGGCUAUCGUCUACUGCCGUGCCCGGUCUGCAACGGAUCCAAGAAAUCCGUUCACAGAAACCAUUUCACAACAGAACUUGUGGCGCUUAAGUGCAUGAACUGUGAUGAAGUGGGUCUUGUCAAGUGCUACGCCUGCUAACGCUCCACAUGACGUAUUGGUGGCGCUCAAGUGUAUAAACUGUGGAAAGGCACGUCUUGUCAAGUGCUAAGCUGGUUAACACCUUACAUAACGUGCUUUUGGCUCGCUGUGUCGAAGUGGGGGACUUCCAUACAAAGCUCUAAUGGCGUUUAUAGGCACGAAGUGAGCUUAUCAAGUGCUACAGUUGGUAACACUUCGCAUAUCGUUCUGAUAGCGCUUGAAAGCGCUUAAGUACUAUGCCUAUAACACUUUACAUGUUUAUGUCUCUUUAAGUGUAGAAAUGUGCAACGAGUACAUGGCGUGCUGAGACAUCAACUAUGCUGAUAUCACUUAAGUGCAUGAACUGUUGCAAAGUGCACUUUUCAAAGUGCUGCAACUACUGUUUUUGCUUACCUCCUUUUUCGGUACACGUAGUGCCAGGCGUUGUUACAACUAAGCGCUUGAGUUGGCCUUGAUAUGUGCUUUUUCUUUUAUUUAUAAACCAUUGUUUGUUAUAAAAAUAAACUGUGAGAAGAGGAACGUGAUUAAGAAGAAACGUAUAAAUGCUUAAUACACAGUCUCUCCCACGAAGAGGUUUAAACGUUUAAGCUCCCACGACAAGCUCAUUUACUGGCUGAUCAUUUUGAAACUUUACACACUUUUCAAUUAGAUUAUCCAGAAUGGUUUGUAAAAUUUACAACUCUCUCCCGUUUGCAAAAGCAGAAUGACGAUCGAAAGAAUUAUAAUUAAAAUCAAGUACAUAAACUGUUUUAUUACGUCUACAUUACAAAAGGUUAUUAGUAUAAAUGCAAUUUGAUGGAAACCUUUUAUCUCAAUUAUUUACCAAUUGCAGUUGAUCAUAUGACAAUUUUUUAUAAUGAAACCCAUUUACAACGAAACCCUUGGUAACAACGAUAAACAAAUGACUCGUACGCUUUUGGAAAGAGUUCUUGGGAAUCCGCAAAAACUUAACGGUCACAAUUCCGCUUCUGUGAACGUGAGAGACGAGGCGGCCAAUAAGUAGCCACUAAAUAUACACCCCAUUAACCAGCCCAAAGAUAUUCCAAACCCAGACUGUUUACUGAGAUUAGUAUCCAGAACCAGUCAACAGAAUUCGCUAGUGUCGCGUUACAUCCCGCCAAUGGUAGUUACUAGUCUGGCCGCCGCGUGGCGCUGUGACCAGUUUCCAGUAAUUUUUUUACUAUCUGUUCUGAUUUGUUUCGAGAAUCACCGAUGUCCAAUAGAUAUAGUAGGCCUAGCGUUUCCAAACAAAAUUUACUUUGUAGUGAGCAGGUGUCCUUUUAUCGUCGCACUGGCCUUAAUGUUCACGCUUUAUCUACGGCGUUGCUUAUACGUUAAAGAUCGUUCAAUGCGACAAUAUGCUCUUGUAACAUUGUAUAUCAUGUCUACCUUAUUUCAAUGGUUUGAUUAUAAUGAAUAAUUAAGACCAUUGUUUUGACAACGAAUUUAAACUGUUUGUGUUAGUUUUAGUUUUGUUUAUGUGGAAUAUUUGUUUAACAAACAAACCUCAUUAUUACCUCGUUUUAUGUUUCCAAAUAUAGUGGGAAUUAUAAUUAUUAUAAAUUUAUGUUAUUUAUUGCCAAUCUUCUUUUUACCCGUUUGGAAUUGUUUAAUUUCCUAGAUUAUAUAACAGUAUGUAUCUUGUAAUUUAUUAAAGAAAAGAUAAACACGAGGUAUAUUGUUUAUAUAUUUUGGUUACAAAUUAAUUAUACUCUAAAGAUUAUUUAAGAAUAUCCAAAAUGAAAUUAAAUCCGCCUGUAUUCUUGGGUAGGCAAUAUUUUAUAUGUUUUGAUCCAUCAUAGAACAAAUUUCGGUUCCAUACAUAUAUUAUUUAAUACUUUUUAAAUCAAUGGCUGAAACUGAAAUAUUUGAGACUAACAGAUAUUUGUUUAAGCUGUAAUCAUUCAAUAAAACAAAAUAUAAUGUAUUACAAAUUUCUCAGUAUAUAUUUUAUAAAAUGUACUAAUGCAUAAUUGUUUCAUUUAUGUUGAUGCUGUAUAAAUGUUAGAGAUGAACAUCAAUUUGUUUUUUAUAAUCACAAUUUCAUGUUAUACCAUGAAUAAUCAAAUAAUAAAUUAACUUAAACUACGUUAACACUGUAUUCAUUUACCUAGUUUAAGAUGGCUCAUUUGACGUUUUGCAACGUGUAACAGUUUCUUGUAUUUUAAAUAGUUACUUGUAUUUAGCGCUAAUGACGUUGUAAAAUAAACAAAUUUAUUUUUUGCUAACGCCGGACUCUUAGCAACUGAAUGUAAAAUUACAUAUUUAUACGACAUUACAACGUAUCAACUGUAAAAAUAAUCUUCAUGUUUAAACGCUUUGCCUUAAGCGAAAUUGGUUUUUAUGACUAAAUGUGAAUUUAAUUUUGCUAUUCAACGUUUUAUAUGUAUUUGAUGUGCUUAUGUAAAUGUGUAUGAAGACUAUCUUUAUGUGCUUAAUAAUUUAACAUAGGCAUGUAAAAAUAUUUAGGUUAAGUUUCUACUCUGGUGCUAAAUCCAUUGUAAUAAAGUAUGUAUAUAUUUAUGUAAGACAAUAAAUAUUUAAUUCGUUUUAUA